AUGCUGGGUGUUAUAAGGCGGAAAGCGGCUUCCGGCGCCAAGGUUGUUCCCUCUUUACUUGUAUCUGUUAGUGUUUGCAAGAAAUCGUUGUCUAAGCUGAAACCUACAGUCUCUACACCACGAGCAUGCGCAGCUGUUCCAGAAGAGAUCCUGUGUUACACGAGGGGCGUUGGCACUGCUCGGGCUUUUUCCGCCAUGGCUGGACAAACAAUGUCUCCGAUUCCAAAGAGGUCAGUGACGAAUCUACAUAUGGUUAAUGUUUAUACAACUCUUUUGGGUUUAGAACUUUAUUUAGUUACACAAUUUGUUGAUGGCAUCCUGAAGGGUGCAAGGAAGUUAGUACAUCCUGGAGAACAAGAUUUGAACAUGCAAAGUUGGAGCAGGCCAUUUAGUUCCAAUUCUGAUGGUGAUGUUGUUGAAGCUGUUGUCCCAUUUAUGGGUGAAUCAAUAAGUGAUGGCACAUUAGCUACAUUCUUGAAAAAACCCGGGGAUAGAGUAGAAGUGGAUGAGCCAAUCGCGCAGGUUGAAACAGACAAGGUCACAAUUGAUGUCAAUAGUCCGGAAGCAGGGGUGAUUCAGAAGUUUAUAGCGAGCGAAGGAGAUACUGUAGAACCUGGCACCAAGGUUGCUAUCAUAUCAAGAUCUGGUGAAGGUGUAACACAUGUUGCACCUUCUGAUGAAAAACCAUCCUCAAAAGCUUCUCAACCAUCAACUUCUCCCUCUGAAGAAAUAAAGGAGAAACCUACGCCUAAAGUCGAAACAACUCCUGUUGUAGAAAAGCCAAAAGGAACCCCUCCCUCUUCUCCCCCGAAAACGCCAGCUACAGAACCCCAGUUACCCCCUAAAGAUAGGGAAAGACGAGUUCCUAUGACAAGGCUUAGGAAAAGAGUUGCCACACGUUUAAAGGAUUCUCAGAACACCUUUGCAUUGCUGACAACAUUUAAUGAAGUUGACAUGACUAAUUUAAUGAAACUUCGCUCUGAUUACAAGGACUCAUUUUUCGAAAAGCAUGGAGUGAAGCUGGGACUAAUGUCUGGAUUUGUUAAAGCGGCUAUUAGCGCUCUACAGAAGCAGCCAAUAGUGAAUGCUGUUAUUGACGGUGAUGACAUCAUUUACAGAGACUACAUUGACAUUAGCAUUGCUGGUCUUGUUGUUCCUGUUCUCCGUAAUGCUGAAAGCAUGAACUUUGCUGAGGUCGAAAAGGAGAUCAACACACUUGCUAAGAAGGCCAACGAUGGCACUAUUUCAAUUGAUGAGAUGGCUGGUGGAACAUUUACCAUAUCGAAUGGUGGUGUUUAUGGAAGUCUUUUGAGUACUCCAAUCAUCAACCCUCCACAG